GCAUAUGAAUGUAUUGAACAUUCAAGUGUCCAUAUGUUGAUGUCAAAAUACAAACAUCUUAAGUUUGAAACUACCAAAAUAUGGGUUUGUUACAGUCCUAAGUGUAAUAGCAUACUUCAAACGAAGAAAGACAAUAAGGACAAUCUGGAAAAGCCAGCUAAGAAACAAUCCUGUGGCCAAAACUAUUAUAAAGACCAGCAAAAAGAUUGCUAUGUUUUGGUUUUACCAAUUGAGAAACAAGUAAAAUAUUUCAUUGAACAUCAUGGAUUAGAUGAAAAAAUUCUCAAUGCAGACCCCAAUUACCGCAGUGAUGUUAAUACUGGAGAUAUUUAUAGGAAGUUAAGAGAAGAAAAACGGAACACCAUAACGGUGCAAGUUAAUCUUGAUGGGGCCAGUUGUUUCAAGGUUAGUCAAUACGGAUUUUGGCCGUUCAUGGCAAUUUUAAACGAAGCGCAGUACAAGAUUCGCCGGGGAUUCGUCAUUUUGUUCUCAAUCUGGUACGGAAACAAGAAAACCUCCGGGCAAAGCCAUCAUGGAUCAACCUCUCAAACAAUUAAGAAAACUUGAAGACAUCGUUAACGGUAGAAAAUAUCGGUUGAUUAUAUUGAUUGCCACGACUGACACAGUGGCUCGCCCUAUACCAAGGAAUUGUGGUCAGUUUAAUGGGAAAUUUGGGUGCAAUUUUUGUUUGUUGGAGGGUGUCAGAGUCCCAAAAGGAAAAGGUAACGUUCCGGUUUAUCCUGAAUCAAAGGAUGGCUCACUUGUUGAAUUGCGUACUCUUAAACAGCACAAAACGGAUAUGAAACUUGCUAUUGAAACUGGUAAAAUGGUUAACGGUAUUAAAGGAGAGACUCCUUUUGUUAUUUUAUCAAAAUUUGAUUACGUAAAGGCCUGUGUGCCCGAGUAUAUGCACGGAAGUUGUUUGGGUGUCUGUAAGCAGUUUCUAAAACUCUUUUUUACCGGCAAGAAAAGUCAGGUUUGGUUCAUUGGAGAUAAAAUUCCUAUCUUUAAUGCCCGUCUUAUAAAUCUGAAACCACCGUACGAGAUUUCGAGAUCGGCUGGUGCUGUAGACGAUCUACCAAAUUGGGAGGCUUCGAUGUUCCGGUCUUUUUUUUGUAUUAUUUCGUUUUGUUAUAGGAUAUUCUACCAUCGAAAUACUUUAAUCAUUUCUGUCCACUAUCCUAUGGGUUAAAUGUUUUAUUGCAGGAAAAAGUAUCAGUAUAAAAUGUAAAAAAAUACGAGGUCUUAUUUAAGCAACUAGCAAAUAACUUUAAUAGUUGUUAAAAACUUUAAUACUGUUAGUUUUUGCUGCACGUGUGAGUGUUUGACUUGUUUUCAAACUGAGUAUUGCAGUGCAAGUUGUGCAACAUGGAGCAACAAAAAAGUGUCCCUUCAACAAUGGAUUU